ACUAGUAUAAAGGGGAAAGUACCAUCUGGAUUCGUCUUUGUUCUAUAGAUACUCAGGGCACAGCAGAACACCGUCAGACAUCAAAACGUCCUCAUCACAUGCACACACUGAGCUCAGGAAGCGAACACACACAUUGCUUUGGUGAACAGCAGAGGAAACUCACAAACUGUAGAGUCGUCAGCCUUCAACAUCUGUCUGCCUACACUCCCCAGGCUCAGGCCACUCUGAGCUCUGCCGUCGGACUGACGAUGCCACAGCCUACCCAGAAUUCUCUAAUCCAUGUCCUCCUGCUGUGGACCACCACCCUCUCCAUUAUCCAGGCUGUGUUCAUCAUCCUUUUCUUCACAACUGGACAUCGUGGACUGUCUCAGAACAAUAGCGCUGUAGCACCAGAGCGCACAGUGCAAUCCCAGGCAAACAAUACAGCUUCGCUGCCUCCCUCAGACCAUGGGCUUCUCUUGGGAGAAGGUACAAUGCUCACCUAUAAGGCAAUUGAAGCCAAAGGCGGAAUGAAAUGGUCAGCAAUGAAUCCAAAUAACGACUUGGUCUCAGUAGACGGAAAAGAUCUGAAAAUAAAUAGGGAUGGAUAUUACUUCCUAAAUCUUCAGGUGACACUGAAGAAGGAAUCGAAGGAAUGUGAAGAGCAAUCGGAUCACAAUGUCAGUCUGAAAUGGAACAACAAAGUUGUCCUGAUGGGUGGGAUUAACAAAAACACAUGCACCACAGGCCUCCUUGGAAAGGUAGAGGAGCUGUCUGCUGGGGGCACCCUGGUAUUCAACAUCAGCCUGCCAACCACUGAAAUUGAUGACAUUGAACAUCUUACCCACCUGGAUAUCAUCUACAUGCUCAAGCCUUAGAUGCAUCUCUGAUACAUUAUAUAUAUAUAUAUUUUUUUUUUUAAUCCCUGGCAUGUUCCAGGACACUUAUCCAGUUCUGGGACCCAUUCUGCAGCAAACAAGCUCAGAUGCAAAGAUGGUAGAGUGUACUUGUUGCUCUCUUGUUACCAAACAGAUCUCUGUAAUUGCCUUGGGAUCACCAGAUCAGCAAAUCACUUAACUGUCUUCCUGCAGUCAAAGUGGUGACUGAGUCACAGAGAAUGGAUGAAGGGGUUGGAUUCAACAUUGAAGACCCACAGGCUGGGUAAAAACCUCACUGUUAAAUUCUGGUCAACUAAAAAGAAAAAUCCACCCUGAAACAGAUUUUAUUUUGAUUCAAUGUCCAAUUACAUUGGCCAGUAAAGUAAAUAUACUAUAUAGCAGCUCAGGAUUGGUCUAAGGUUGAUGUCAUCACUACAAGUGUGUUCCUCUGCUGUUGUGCUCAAGAGAAGACUUUAAAUUCACACUUUAAAACUCUUCUUUAUAGAACUAUAUGGAAAUAACAGUUUAACAGUGUAAUGUAGGUUUGGGGGAAUAUUCCCUUGUGUAUUGUAUAGAUAAAAAAAAAAAAAAAGUUGGAUUGUUCUCAAAUAGCUAUGAUCAAGGAGCACACUUUUAGUCAGUGAACCAGGUAUUCAGAGUAAACCACUCCUUAAAUUGUAUUUCCUUGUUGGAGUUUCUUAGAUUUAAAAUGUGUAGUAGUUAACAGCAAGAAUGUAUUAUUCUGAAGUGCCACACCUGUUGGCAGAACUGUGCUCUGUUUUUGCACAGCUCCUAUUUGCUACUUGAUUUAUUUCUUGUUUUGAACUAUAUGAAUUACAUAUUUAUGUUGUAUUUAUUUAUUGUUUGGGCCUAGAAUAUAUACAGUAUAUUUAGCUAAAUUGCAUAGACAGCGAAAAACCAAUGAAUGUAUGUCACUGUGUGACAAUGUAUGUCCUUGUGUAUAUGCAUUUGUCUACUGUUAGUGAGUCACUGGAAUGUUUUUACAGUUUUCUUUAUUAAUAAUUGCAAUAAUAUGUAAUGACUUGGUUGAUAAAUGUUAAAAGGGAGAAAAAAGAUAAAAGAACAAAAAUAUAGAUAUGAUUUAUUUGUUUAGACACAGAAUUUUCGUGUUUUUAACAUCUAAAGAAUGACCACUAUUACAUACAAAUUAGUAUUCUAUUUUUAUAAUCUAAAUUUAAAAUGAAAAGUGAAAUGACUUGAUAGAACAAACCUCCAAAUCUCCUUCACUACUUGUAUCACACAUUAUGACACAUGAAAUCACAACUCAAGGUGGUUGAUGCAGAAAGUUUCAUGUGUUGUUAAGAGAUAUUGAAAGAAAUAUUUGGUUUUGUCAAUGAUUUUCAGUUGUUUUUAAUGCUUGUACUCCUGAUGAUGUGUGUACAUUAGUGUGAUUAUGCAUUCAAAAAAGCAUUGCAUUUGUUCCGGGGACCUUUAAACAUGUUUCUUUACAUCCAACGACAUCAACAUAACUGCUGCCUUGAAAUAAUGUAACAAUGUUAUGAUUAAAAGCUAUAAUUUUUUCAUAA